GGCGCUCACUUCUUUUGAAGGCUUCCCCCCCCUCUCUCUCUCUAUCUAAGCUCGCGUUUCUAGAGAUAGAGAGAGAAAUCCGAAGGAGAGACGCGCUACGCAUAACAUAAUCCCCCACAUCGAGCGAUAGGGAUUUUGAUUUCGGAGCGCACGCGGAGCACGCCACUGAUGCUGCAGAGGAAGCGCGAGACGACGGUGCUCGGAGCUCUGGCGCCGCCCCGGCCCGCGAUGCUGCCGGCGUUCAGCGGGAGGCAGGUGGUCCCCGUCGACUGCGCCGCGGAGGUCUCGCAGCGCCUCCUGGAGGCCACCCUCGGCGGCGACUCGGAAUCGGCCGUCGAGUGCCUCGCCGACCCGCUCGUCGACGUCAACUACGUCGGGGCGGUGAGCCUCAAGACCAGGAAGGCCGAAGUCGUCCUGCGCGGCGAGUCCGCCGCUGAGGUCCGCGUGGAGCACGAGGAGUUCAGGACGGACGUCUCGGCUCUGUUCCUCGCCGUCCACGUCGGCAACGUGGCCCUGGUGAAGAAGCUCCUGAGCGUAGGAGCUGAUGUGAACCAGAAUCUCUUCAAGGGUUGUGCAACCACCGCAGCGGUACGGGAGGGCCAUCAUGAGAUUCUGGAGAUCUUAUUGAAAGCUGGGGCCACUCAGUCAGCCUGCGAGGAGUCUCUGUUGGAAGGGAGCUGUCAUGGACGGGCAAGGCUUGUGGAGCUCUUGAUGGGCUCCGAUCUUAUUCGGCCUCAUGCCGCUGUGCAUGCUCUUGUCACCGCUUCCUGCAGGGGGUUUACUGAUGUGGUGGACACUCUCAUCAAGUGUGGAGUGGAUCCAAGUGCAUCUGAUCGAUUUCUUCUCAAGUCAUCCAAGCCGUCUCUGCAUAUAAACAUCGACUGCACUGCUCUUGUUGCUGCUGUUGUUAGUCGCCAGGUCACUGUUGUCCAUCUGCUAUUACAGGCUGGUGCAAGAACGGAUGUCGAUGUAAGACUUGGAGCAUGGUCAUGGGACAAAGCUUCUGAUGAAGAGUUUCGAGUUGGUGCUGGACUAUCUGAGCCUUAUCCCAUCACCUGGUGUGCAGUGGAGUAUUUUGAAGCUAGUGGUACUAUCUUGCGCAUGCUUCUCCAGCACAUAUCCCACAAUAAGAGUCAUCAUGGAAGAACUCUCCUCCAUCAUGCCAUCUUGUGCGGCAACUUAGGGGCUGUACAUGUGCUUCUAAAAUCAGGUGCCGACAAAGAAACUGCCAUUGUUACGGCUGUUAAAACCGGCAUUCGUCCAGUGCACUUGGCUGCCCGUCUUGGUCUUUCAACAAUUCUUCAAUGCUUAAUUGACUUUGGCUGUGACUUGAACUCCAGGACAGCUUCUGGUGACACGGCUCUGAUGAUCUGUGCAAAAUAUAAGCACAGGGAGUGUCUUAAGAAUCUGGCCAUGGCUGGCGCAGAUUUUGGCCUUACCAAUAUAUUCGGUCAAUCUGCGAGUUCAAUUGCCGGAUCCAACCGGUGGUCCCUUGGGUUUCAACAAGCAGUAGUAGAUGUGACCCAAGCUGGAAAGAUUCCUUAUUCCAGCAAUCAUAUUAUUUUCUCCCCAUUGCUAUUAGCAGCCCAAGCCGGUGACACUGAGGCCUUAAAAGCUCUCAUUGGUUCUGAAGCCAUCAACCUUGACUACCAAGAUGAAAAUGGCUUUUCAGCCGUCAUGAUUGCUGCUCUCAAGGGCCACGUCGAAGCAUUCGGCUUGCUGGUCUACGCUGGGGCAGAUGUUAAGCUAUUCAACAAAGCUGGCGAAACUGCAAUUACCAUAUCUAAACUGAACCCGAACAGGGACCUGUUUGAGAAGGUCAUGCUGGAAUUUGCGCUCGAAAAGGGCAGUUGCAGCGCGUGGGGAUUCUACGCUUUACAUUUUGCAGCUCGGCAUGGAGAUCUUGAUGCAGUCAAACUACUGGUGAGCAGAGGUUACGACGUCAACAUCCCAGAUGCGGACGGGUACACUCCUCUGAUGUUGGCUGCAAGGGAAGGUCACAUGUCCAUGUGCCAGCUUUUGAUAUCAAGUGGGUCACGUUGUGAUUUCAAGAACUCUUCAGGUGAAACCGCCCUCUCAGUUGCAAGGAAAAAUAGCGGCACGGUAAAUGGCACGGUCAGUGUGAUUCUGGACGAGCUUGCCCGUAACGUUGUUUUGGGCGGUGCUCGAGUAUGGAAACACACCAAAGGAGGUAAAGGAACUCCGCACCAGAAAGAUGUGAGGAUGGUCAGAAACUCGGGAGUGCUGAGGUGGGGGAAAUCUAGCCACAGAAACGUAAUGUGUCGACAGGUUGAGGUCGGGCCAAGCCCGACCUUUCAGAAAAACAGGCUGACGAAAGGUGGCACUGAUGAUCGUGGGAUUUUCAGGGUGGUGACAUCCGGGAACAAGGAGGUUCACUUUGUUUGUGAGGGUGGAGCGGAGGAGGCUGAACUCUGGGUCCGAGGCAUAAAGCUUGUUACCAGAGACAUUACUUUUGGCAACCAGAGGACACCAUGACUCUGCACGAUCUUGAUGUACAGAUUUUUAGGAUUGGAGCUUGAUGCAUAUUCCAAAUUCAGAUUGCAGUGGUUGUAAAUGUUUCCCUAUCUUGUAUAAUUUCUCAUUAGAAGGGCUCCAU